UUAAACUAAAUAAUCUGUCUUUGGCAGGAGAGAGACCCGACUCAGAGGAACCAGAGCCAGAGAUGUCCAAACCAGCAAGACGACUCCACUGCUCUCUGUGUGGAAAUAGUUUCACCCGGUUAGACAGCCUGAAACGACAUGAAAAAACACACACAGGAGAGAAGCCUCAUCACUGCUCCCACUGUGGAAAGCAAUUUAGCCAGUUAGUGAACCUGAAAGAACAUAAUAAAUUGCACACAGAGGAGAAGCCUUACCAUUGCUCCCUGUGCGAACAGCGUUUUAAACGAUUAGGGCACCUGAAAAGACAUGAGAGAACACACAUAGGAGAUAAGCCUCAUCACUGCUCCCAGUGUGGGAAGACUUUUACUCGAUUAGAACACCAGAAAGAACAUGAGAGAACACACACAGAAGAGAAACCUUUUCAAUGCUCCCAAUGUGGAAAGAAUUUCACCCGUUCAGAACACAAGACAGAACAUGAGAGAACACACACAGGAGAGAAACCUUUCCACUGCUCACAGUGUGGGAAGAAUUUUACCCGUUUAGGGAGCCUGAAUGAACAUAGAAAAAUUCACACAGGCGAGAAACCUUUCCACUGCUCCCAGUGUGGAAAGAAUUUUACCCGGUUAUGGAACCUGAAAACGCAUAAGAGAAUGCACACGGGGGAGAAGGCUUACCACUGCACCCAGUGUGGAAAGAGUUUUAGGUGGUUAUGGAACCUAAAGGAGCAUGAAAGAAUACACACCGGAGAGAAGAUUUACCAAUGUUCUCAAUGUGGAAAGAGUUUUACCUGGUUAGGUGACCUGAAAAGACACGAGAGGACACACACAGGAGAUAAGCCUCAUCAAUGCUUCCAUUGUGGAAAGAGUUUUACAGAGUUAGGUAGCCUGGAAAAACACAGGGGACUGCACACCGGAGAGAAGCCCUACCACCGCUCCCAAUGUGAAAAUGUUUUUACCCAGGUAAGACAUCUGAAAAGACAUGAGAGGACACACACAGGAGAGAGGCCUUUCCACUGCUCUCUGUGCAGAAAGAGUUUUUCAGAGUUAGGGAAUCUGAAAAGACAUGAGAGGACACACACAGGAGAGAAGCCUUAGCAAUGCUUUCAAUGUGGAAAGAGAUUUAUCCUGGUUGGGAGCAUGAAAAUACAUAAGAAAAUUAAUUCUGGAGAGAAGCCUCAUCAAUGCUCUUUGUGUGGAAAGAGAUUUACCUGGUUAAGGCGACUGAGAGAACAUGAAAAAAUCCAAACCUGAUAAAAUGUUCUCAAUGCUCCCAGUGUGGAAAGAUAUUUACCCAGUUAGGGAAAGACCAUGAGAGAACACGCAGACAAGAAGCCUUACCACUGUACCCCAGGUGGAAAGAGAUUUCAAAUCACAUUGACCUAAAGUUCAGCACACACACUGCUCCGACAUUUGACUUCUAUUUUUUUUUUUUUUUUAUGUGUGUGUUUUUUUAUGCCACAUUAACUAAAUUAUUUUAAAACCAUGAAUUGAAUAUUUAGUAUGUUUGUUUAAAAUGUAGAGUACGUCAGUCUGAAUGAACACACUCUCAAACUCUGUCUCUGUGUGUUUUCUCUGUGUGUGUUUCAUCUGCGUGUCUUUCCUCCAGCACUACAGAUAAUCAAGUGAUGCAUUUGUUCCAUUGUUAACAUCUGUAUCCUACAGAGCCUUUAAAGGGAAUAGUCUGUUCACAUCCAGACAAGACAUACAGGUAGUGGUGGAGUAUUAAUACCUGGGUGUGGUUCAGGGACAUACAGGUAGUAGAGGAGUAUUAAUACCUGGGUGUUGUUCAGGGACAUAGAGGUAGUGGUGGAGUAUUAAUACCAGGGUGUUGUUCAGGGACAUACAGGUAGUGGUGGAGUAUUAAUACCUGGGUGUUGUUCAGGGACAUACAGGUAGUAGAGGAGUAUUAAUACCAGGGUGUUGUUCAGGGACAUACAGGUAGUGGUGGAGUAUUAAUACCAGGGUGUUGUUCAGGGACAAGACAUACAGGUAGUAGAGGAGUAUUAAUGCCUGGGUGUUGUUCAGGGACAUACAGGUAGUAGAGGAGUAUUAAUACCAGGGUGUUGUUCAGGGACAUACAGGUAGUGGUGGAGUAUUAAUACCAGGGUGUUGUUCAGGGACAUACAGGUAAUAGAGGAGUAUUAAUACCAGGGUGUUGUUCAGGGACAUACAGGUAGUAGAGGAGUAUUAAUACCAGGGUGUUGUUCAGGGACAUACAGGUAGUGGUGGAGUAUUAAUACCAGGGUGUUGUUCAGGGACAUACAGGUAGUGGUGGAGUAU